CAUGAAACGGGGCCCCCGCCAAGUCAUCGUCGUUACCCCUGUCGUCUCGCCCAACUCCUCUCAUUAACAUUUCCCCUAGCCCACCGUUCUCAACCUCUCCGACUUCAACAGGCCUCCAUCCUUCGCUUGCAUACCCCGCUAGGCAGCCAGAAUGACGCCAAAGCAUUUCCUCUACCGCCAUCCGCUGCUCACCGCCCUCACAGUCAUCAGCGUUCUCCUCGUCUUUUGCUUCUUCCCGCCAGGCCCCCCAAAUGGCCACGGCGGCUCCUUCAGCAGAGGCAGGGGCGUCGAUGCAACACGCUGGGCAGUCAUGGAGGAGGAGGCACGCUACGAACAGGUCCUGCGUGAGCGUCAGAUGAUGGUGCGCAAGUGGGGGCCCACACCCGAGCGCGUAGAGGCGUUCCCACUACGCGACGAUUUCUACACCCUCUGGGACUUCUACAUCCCCGCCUUCCAGUGCCCGCACCGCGUCGACCGCGUCGGCACCCUCGGCGACGGCGGCAAGUGGCUCUGCGGGCUCGCCCGGCUCGCAGCGCAGCCCUCAUGCGUCGUCUACUCUUUCGGGGUGAACAACGAGUCUUCCUUCGAGGCUGCGCUCCUGCGCGCCGUGCCCGGAUGCCAGGUGUGGGGAUACGACUUUAGCGUGCGCGCGUUUGGGCCGGAGAUCGAGCAGGACGAGGAGCUGAGGGCGAGGGCGCACUUUGCGCCGUGGGCACUGGGGCCGCAGGACGGCGUGUGGGCGGACGGCACGCAGGUGUGGUCGCUUGCGAGCCUCAUGCAGAUGAACGGGCACGAGUUCAUCGACGUGCUCAAGAUCGACAUCGAGGGCGCGGAAUUUGCUGCGCUGUCUACUUUCAUCGACCACGUCACCCGGGCCAACGCCUCAGCUCUCCCUCCCCCUCCACGGCACCCACACGGCCCUCCUCCCCCACCUCCGCAGCCCGUCCUCCCCAUCGGCCAGCUGCAGAUCGAGCUCCACGCGCGCCCGGACAGUGGGUACCACACGUUCGCCCGGUUCAACUCGUGGUGGGAGAGCCUCGAGGCUGCGGGCCUGCGCCCAUUCUUCGCCGAGCCGAAUCUCGUGUACGUGAACCUGAUCAAGGGCGUGAGGCCGGAUCUGAGCGAGUAUUCGUUCAUGAACAUCCGGGGCCGGCACGCGUUGGUGACGGACCGCUACCUGUGAUCUCUGGCAGUAGACGCACCCGUGGACUCUGCGCAAGCCAUCAUUUUAACGCAAGUAUAGUUGUCUACCUAUGGACUCUCAGGAGCCUUCAUACCCGCUAUUGCUCGCUGGCGAGCUCCCUACCA